AUGGUUCGGCAGUUCAAACAUCACGAGCAAAAGCUGCUCAAAAAAGUCGACUUUCUGAACUGGAAACAAGAUGCGAACCUGAGGGAGAUAAAAGUCAUGAGGCGGUAUCAUAUUCAGGACCGAGAAGAUUAUCACAAGUACAACAAACUUUGUGGUUCGCUUCGAUCCUUUGCGCAUCGAGUAUCUCUUCUACCAACACAAGACCCCUUCCGUUCGCGCAUGGAGAGCCAGAUAAUGGCAAAGCUCUACGAUAUGGGUGUCCUCAACUCGACCGCGAAACUCAGCGAUAUCGAGAACAAACUCACGGUCUCUGCAUUCUGCAGGAGGCGAUUGGCAGUGAUUUUAGUCACCUUGAGAAUGGCAGAGACGGUCAGCGCAGCUGUCAAGUUCAUUGAGCAGGGGCAUGUUCGCGCAGGACCUGAUACCAUUACUGACCCGGCAUUCCUUGUCACAAGACACAUGGAAGACUUUGUAACAUGGGUCGACACGUCGAAACUCAAGAGAACAAUUAUGCGAUACAACGAUGAGCUGGACGAUUUUGAUCUGCUAUAG